AUGCGCUCCAUUUCUCCUCACCCCCCCACCCCCUCUCCAAAAACCAGCACCCCACCCCUCCCAUCUCUGCACUUCUACAGCACAAGACAAGUAUUCACCAAGCACAGUGGUGAUGUGACUUUUGGAGGUAGUGGUGCAGGACAAACACUAAUAUCCUUGCCCUCUUCCCUUUCUUCUAGCAGGUAUGUUCUCCUGAGGAUCUCCCCCCCAGCCGCCCUCCUGGGACUCCUGGUUGGCUCGUUGCUCGGGAUGCACGCCCUGGCCGUGUGUCCCUCCAUGUGCUCCUGCAGCCGCAGCCACAGGGAGGUGGACUGCUCCUGGAGGGGUCUGAGGCAGCUGCCCGACGGCCUGCAGCACAACAUGCGCUCCCUCAACUUGUCCCACAACCGCUUCCAGCACCUGGACCACCGGCUCACCGUGUACACCCAUCUCCGCGUCCUGGACUUGUCUCACAACCGGCUGAGCCACCUGCCCGCCGGCUUGCCUCGCUCCCUCUGGCAGCUCCACGCCGCCUCCAACCACCUCCAGCUGCUGGACAAGAACGACACCGCCUAUCAAUGGAACCUGCGACUGCUGGACCUCUCCAACAACAAGCUGGAGCGGGCCACCUUCAUCAACAACACGCUGAUCAACCUUUGCACCCUCAACCUGAGUCACAACCACUUCUGGACCUUGCCCACCAACAUGCCCGUGCAGCUGGAGGCCGUCGACCUCUCGCACAACUUGCUGGUGAAGGUGCUGCCCGGCUCCCUGGACCGGCUGCCCAGACUGACUCACCUCUACCUGCACGCCAACCGCUUCGCCACGCUUCCCUCUGGAGUGCUGGACCAGAUGACAUCACUCCGAGUCAUCGCUCUGGGCAACAACCCUUGGGCCUGUCACCUGUACGACAACAUCACCUACGUGCUGUCCUGGACUCAGCACACCCCCGCCCGCGUCCUGGGCUGCCCCUGCCACACCGAGUCAGUCUGUGGGGGGGCGCAGCCGGGCAGGACUGGAGGGUGGCACUUUGCCUCCUACAACCCGCCCCCGUUGGUAGCGGGCGCCCAGGACGUGAGCUCCCUGCCCCCGGGGGCCGGCGUUACCGAGUGGUGGUACUUGUCUGUGUCUGCACCCCCCCCACACUCCCAGAUGGAACAUCACCCUUUCACAGACACACCAGUCAGCAUCCAGGAUCACAUGCUCCACACUCAUCCUCGUCUCUUUCCUGGCACCGGCGAAGACUCACCCCCUGACUCACUCACUUCCGCUUUUUCUGACACGAGCGUCGUUACCGAAACACCCGUCGGGCCUGACAUGACCCUGCCCGUAGGUCAGUUCUUUACCACAGAGAGCCCCUUCGCCAAGACAAAGAAGACCACCACGCUUCGCACGAGGAGCGUGAGGAGGCCAAAUCAGUCCCACCCGAGGGGGGGCAGCUCCUCCUCGCUGCCUCUCCUUCACAACCUGGGGCUCCUGCUUCUCGUUCUGCAACACGUGCUCUGAGAGAGAAACGGAGCAGACCGACCACCGAGUGAUGAGCCUACAUUUCAGUUUACAGAAACAAACCACGGAUGUAGUUUGUCGAUCACCAUCAGCAUUUACCAUAGAAAUGACCGACUUUAGGAUCAGUGUCAUAAUGCCUGCUAUGCUGAGAAUGCUACGUUGCUAAUUAUAUAUUUCUACAUUAAAAAACAUCACUUUAGCUUUCUAACAAGGCUCUUUACAGGCCUCCCUUUGAAUGCCUCUGAUUUAAAAAGAGAAAUACCAUUGUAAUGAAUACAGCUAAGCACAUGAUGGCACUAUACAUUCAGCUACCAGUUUAUUAUGUAACUGAAUGGGGCCCUGGUGCUCGUCCGCAGCUACAGUCCAUCGAUUUCCAGGCUGACUGAGGUGUUUUCUGGUCUAUAGCACACAAAUUAUUGUCUUUUUUUUCAAAUUUUCUACAACUGUUGGCUGAAACUGUCAUGUUGUUAUUAUAUAAUUAUUUUGGUGGAAAAUAUAUGACACUCAGAGCCCUUAUUUAAGCCUCUGGGUGACUCAGAUUAUUUUCCUAGAUGUGCUUGAUCCCUCAACCUGCUUGUUUCAUGUUAGAAAUCAUAUCACACACCACGAAAGAAGCCUGUCCUGGGGGAUGUUUUUAAUAAAGCAGUCAUGGCAUGUAUGUAACAGGAAGCUGCAUAGACUCUGCGGUGCAGAGGGCAAACAAAUGGACAAUGCUGUGUCACUAUCUUCAACAAACUCCCAAGUAGCGCGUCUGUAUUUUGAUCACAUCGCCGACUUAAGUGUCCUUCAUGAUUCAGUGGCGCUCGUGAAAAUUAUCUGCAUGGUGAUUGAACGUUCCAGGAAUGCUAACCUACUGCUAUAUUGCUGCAGAGCAUUAAAGCACAAGACAUUU